AUGGCGAGCCGGCAGCGAGGAGGUGGUGGGGGUCCCUCGGGCUGCUUCAGCACCUACUGGCCACUUUCUCUCUUCCUCGCACUCGUGACUUCGGUGAACUCAGUAGACGUUGCUCAGCUGGGGACUUCUGCCUUCUCAGGUACUGUCACUUGCCAUAAAGACAGAAUGACGGUGGAGUUUUCAAGAAAUCUUGGCAUCAAGAAAUGGCAUGCGUCUCUAAUGGAUCCCUUUGGUCUUGAAAUGCUGAAUUGCACUUAUGACCUGGACCCAGAAAAGCUCACCCUGAGGGCCCCAUAUGAGACCUGUACCAGGAGAGUGCUCGGCCAGCACCAGAUGACCGUCAGGUUCACGGACACCAGCGCUGCCGUAAGGCCGAAGGCUUCCACGUACCAGGUCAGCUGUCCCGCUGUGCUAGCCGGAGCCCACGAGCACCCGGGGUCCACCCUCUGCGCGGAGGACUUCAUGUCUUUUACCUUUCAGGUGUCUCCUGGGAUGGCGGACGUGAAUACGGAGCUCCGGUAUGAGCUCGGGUGGAGCAUCGAGGUCGGUGAUGGUGCCAGAGCUCAAACCCUGACGCUUCGCGAGGCCAUGACACAAGGAUACAGUCUCCUGAUAGACGGCCCCAAGAUGACCAUCCAAGUGUCGUUCAAUGCCACCGGAGUGACUCGCUACUCGCAAGGGAAUAACCAUCUCUACACGGUGCCUCUGAAGCUUAUCCAUGUAAUUCUUGGACAAAAGACCAUCUUAUCAUCCCAAGUGACUUGUAUGUCAGGUCCUGUGACCUGUAAUGCCACACAUAUGACUCUCACCAUACCAGAGUUUCCCGGGAAGUUAAAAUCCGUGAGCUUCGAAAACCGGAACAUUCCCGUGAGCCAGCUGCACAAGAACGGGGUUGACGUAGAAGCAAGAAAUGGCUUGAAACUGCACUUCAGCAAAAUUCUUCUCAAAAUGAAAUUCUCGGAAAAAUGCCUACCCUAUCAGUUCUACUUAGCUUCACUCCAGCUGACCUUUUUCUUUCAACGGGAGAUAGCAUCCAUGGUGCUCUUUCCUGAGUGUCUCUGCGAGUCACCAGUUACCAUAGGUAAGCUGUGUACUCGGGAUGGGUUCAUGGACAUCCAAGUCUACAGCCACCAAACGAGACCAGCCCUGGACUUGAACACCCUCAGGCUCAGGGACGCGUCCUGCCGGCCUGCCUUCGAAGCCGCAUCUCGGGGGCCGGCGCGGUUCCACAUACCCCUGAAUGGAUGUGGGACGAGACACGAGGUCAAGGAUGACAAAAUCAUCUAUGAAAACGAAAUACACGCUCUCUGGGAAGAUCUUCCUCCAAGCACGAUUUCCAGAGAUAGCGAAUUCAGAAUGACGGUGAAGUGCUCUUACAGCUGGGAUGACGUACUAACAAAUAGCAGUGUCCAAAGCGUCCCCCCUCCAGGGGCCUUAGUGAAGCCGGGUCCACUUGCCCUGAGCCUGCAGACCUACCCAGAUAACUCCUACCUGCGACCUUACGCGGACAAGGAGUACCCUGUGGUGAGAUACCUCCGCCAGCCCAUCUACCUGGAAGUGAGGGUCCUAAAUAGGACGGACCCCAACAUCAAGCUGGUCUUGGACGUCUGCUGGGCAACGCCCACCAGGGACCCGGCCUCUCUCCCCCGCUGGAAUGUCAUCGUGGAUGGCUGUGAGUACAACCUGGACAGCACCCGAACCACCUUCCAUGCCGUGGGCCCCUCCGUGGCCUUCCCCAGCCACUACCGGCGGUUCGACGUGAAGACCUUUGCGUUCCUCUCGGAGGCCCGAGCGCCCUCCAGCCUGGUCCACUUCCACUGCAGCGCCCUGAUCUGCAACCAGCUUUCUCCUGAUUCCCCACUGUGUUCUCUGACUUGCCCUGUGUCAUCUAGAAGCAGGCGAGCCGCAGGGGCCACUGUGGAAGAGAAAACGGUCAGCCUCCCGGGACCCAUUCUCCUGUUGCCGGACGGCUCUUCAGUCAGAGGUACGGAUUUAAAGCCCGGGGUAGUUCACGGACUCAAGUUCAUGGCUUUGUGUCGAAUACCCCCUUUCAACACAAACGUCGUCCGCUCCGACGGGCACGGGACCGCUGGAUACGCCGCUUUCUACAUCACGGCUGCCGUGCUGGCCCUGGCAGGUGUCGCGGCGUCUCUAGGCCUCACCCAUUACCUGUGCAAGAAAAGAACCGUGAUGGUAAAUCACUGA